UUAACUUAAUAGAUUUUAGACCUCACGUGCCUUUCGGUUAGACCCAAAAUCAGAUAAUCCGAAAUCUUCGGACUUGGGCUCAGAUGGAGUAGUGGGUCGUGGCUAGGAUGGAAGGCUCAGAACAGCAGCAGGCCUAUUUUCUUCUUUUCUAUUCUUUUUUUCGGUUCCCCUAGAUUAGAAAACGGCACGAUUUCUGGCCACCGUAAAAAUGGUAAAGGCCAAUGUUUUCCCCUUCAUUUCUUCUCGAUCAUCAGCUCUCUGUCUCACCGGUCGGCACCCAAAAACCCUGAUUAGAAGAACCCAAGUGAAACCUCUCCCUCCUUUCAACCUAUCAGGUCCCCAAUCUCCACCUCUGUCUAGUCCUUACAGAAAUGUUGAGUCACUGCCAAAACCCCCCAAACUGUUAUCCAACUCAAUCUCCAUUUUCUCCUCCAGGUUCAUAUUCACUCCUAGUUAUCUUCCCCCUCCCGAGUGGAUAGAGCCCUUCAUUAAUGUCUCUGAUUUAGCCUCAACAAAUCCUCAAGACUUGCAGCCAUCUCCUUGGGUAAGCCAAAUUCUUAAUCUUUUAGAUGGUUCUUCCAACAUGGAAUCAAAUUUAGACUCUUUUUGCCAAAAGUUCUUGAUCAAUUUGUCUCCAAAUUUUGUUGCUUUUGUUUUAGCAUCUGUCGAGGUUCAAAACAAACCUGAUGUUGCUUUGAGGUUCUUUACAUGGGCUGCUAAGCAAAAGAAAUAUACCCAUAAACUGGAAUGUUAUGUUUCUUUGAUAAAUGUUUUAGCUCUAGCAAAUGAUCUGAUAAAAGUGAGGUUUAUAUUUGGACAGCUUAAAGAAAUUGGGUUUGUAAUGUCAAUGUCAUCGGCAAAUUCUUUGAUUAAGAAUUUUGGGGGACUUGGGUUGGUUGAGGAGUUAUUGUGGGUGUGGCGAAGAAUGAAAGAGAAUGGCAUUGAACCUAGCUUAUAUACGUAUAAUUUUUUACUUAAUGGAUUGGUGAAUUCUAUGUUUAUUGAAUCUGCAGAGCGGGUUUUUGAGGUAAUGGAGAACGGUAAAAUUAGAGCGGAUGUUGUGAGUUAUAACACCAUGAUUAAAGGAUAUUGUAAGGUGGGAAAAACCCAGAAAGCAAUGGAAAUGUUACGAGCUAUGGAGACAAUAAGUUUGGAGCCGGAUAAGAUUACUUAUAUGACAUUGAUGCAGGCAUGUUAUUCAGAGGGGAAUUUUGAUUCUUGUUUGAGUUUGUAUCAUGAAAUGGGGGAGAAGGGAUGUGAAGUUCCGCCCCAUGCUUACAGUUUGAUUAUUGGAGGACUGUGUAAAGAAGGGAAAUGUCUCGAAGGAUAUGCUGUUUUUGAGAAUAUGAUUCGUAAUGGGCUUAGAACAAAUGUGGUGAUUUAUACAACUUUGAUAGAUGCAUUUGCAAAAUGUGGAAGGAUGGAAGAGGCAUUAAAGCUAUUUGAGAGGAUGAAAGCUGAUGGCCUUGAACCAGAUGAGGUUUCAUAUGGGGCCAUUGUUAAUGGUUUGUGUAAGAGUGGAAGAUUAGACGAGGCCAUGGAGUAUUUCAGGUUUUGUAGAGCUAAUCAAGGGGCAGUUAAUGCCUUGUUUUAUUCUAGUCUCAUUGAUGGGUUGGGCAAGUCUGGUAGAGUGGAUGAGGCUCAGAAACUUUUUGAAGAUAUGGCUGUGAAAGGCUGCCCACCGGAUUCAUAUUGUUACAAUGCCCUUAUUGAUGCCCUAGCAAAGUGUGGGAGGGUCAAUGAAGCAUUAGAGCUCUUUAAUAGGAUGGAUGAUGAAGGAUGCGAUCAGACAGUUUAUACAUACACAAUACUUAUAAGUGGACUGUUCAGGGAGCAUAGAAAUGAGGAAGCACUGAAGUUUUGGGAUAUGAUGAUCGAUAAAGGUAUCACACCAACUGCAGCUUCUUUUAGGGCCCUCUCAAUUGGGCUUUGUCUGUCAGGCAAGGUAACCCGGGCCUGCAAGAUUUUGGAUGAUCUAGCACCAAUGGGCAUUAUUCCUGACACAGCCUUUGAAGAUAUGAUCCAUGUUCUGUGCAAAGCAGGCCGUGUCAAGGAGGCCUGCAAGUUGGCUGAUGGUAUUGUUGAUAGGGGUAGAGAAAUACCAGGAAGAAUCCGAACUGUUCUAAUCAAUGCCUUGAGAAAAGCAGGCAGUGCAGAUUUGGCCAUGAAGCUGAUGCAUAGUAAGAUAGGUAUAGGUUAUGAUAGAAUGGGUAGCAUUAAAAAGCGAGUGAAAUUCCGGACUCUUGUUGAAAGUUGAGUAAGCUCUGUGCCUUUGCUUCUUAUUGUAUAAUACAAAGGUGGUCUUGUUUUAUUAUCUUGACUCACACAGCUGCUUCUGAGCGUGUGCUUCAUCGUUGUCCUUCACAGACUCAAUUUAAGAAAGCCUCUGUGUAACGACUUGAAACUUUGUCAAGAACUAUUAGUUGCUUUUACACUUAUCAGGAUGGCAGACAAGUAACAAAUUCUGUUCAGCUGCUAGGAACAUUCAUCAUGUUAUCUUUUGGCUUGCAUGCAAGGUUUGUACUUGAUCACUCCUUUAGAACAAAUAUUUCAGAAAUCUGUAGAAAAUUUGCCCAUAAACACUGCAGUACAUCUUUUCCAAACUGCCAUAGAUGUACUCUAAGAGGUGCACUUUUGACUAGAUCUUAUAGAUAAUGUGUUCAUCAAGCUGUGGAUCUAUAUCGAAAGAGUUUGGAGAUUUGUACAUGACAUGACAGUCUCUGUUUCAAAGGGCAUAUUAUUUCAGAAUAAAGCAAAAUUUUGGAAUAUCAUCUUGGACCACUUACAACAUAAUUUUUUAACAAAUCACUGUAUUUAUAAUUAACUGCAAUCUGUAGUUGGUUCUCUAAUUUGAAUUGUGUAGAAAAUGCUUCAGAAGAUUAU